GGUGAGAGGCGGAGCCUGGGAGGGGCUUGAUGACUGAGUGAGCAGGCAGCGCCGCGGGGAGCCUGCGAAAAGGCCGGAAAGAUGGCAGCCUCCUGGAGGCUAGGCUGUGACCGGCGGAUGCUGCGCUCUCUCCUAGGCUUCGGCACCCGGCGAGGCCUGGGGCUGGUUACGGGGGCUGCUGGGUGGCCUGCCGGCGGCGGGGCUGCUGGGAGAUGGCUUCACAGCACGCAGUGGCUGCGGGCUGAUCCUAUUAAGAUACUAAUGCCAUCCCUGUCUCCAACAAUGGAAGAAGGGAACAUUGUGAAAUGGCUGAAAAAGGAAGGUGAAGCUGUGAGUGCUGGAGAUGCCUUAUGUGAAAUAGAGACCGACAAAGCUGUGGUUACCUUAGAUGCAAGUGAUGAUGGCAUUUUGGCCAAAAUAGUGGUUGAAGAAGGAUCUAAAAAUAUACGGCUAGGUUCACUAAUUGGUUUGCUAGUUGAAGAAGGAGAAGAUUGGAAACAUGUUGAAAUUCCCAAAGAUGUGGGUCCUCCAGCAGCCGCUUCACAGCCCGCAGCGCCUCGCCCCUCCCCAGGGCCACCGACUCCUGUGCUUCUCAAAAAGGAACAGCCACCAGGGACAUUGCAGCUCCGUUUAAGUCCAGCUGCCCGUAAUAUUCUGGCAAAACACAAACUGGAUGCUAGCCAGGGCACAGCCACUGGCCCUCGGGGGAUCUUCACCAAAGAGGAUGCUGUCAAGCUUGUCCAGUUGAAGCAGACGGGCAAGAUCAUGGAAUCCAGACCGACCCCAGCCCCUCCUGUAACUCCCACUGCACCUUUGCCCGCACAGGCCCCAGCCCCGCCAUCUUAUCCCCGGCCCAUGGUCCCACCAGUUUCAACUCCUGGACAGCCUAACAUAGCGGGCACAUUCACUGAAAUCCCAGCUAGCAAUAUUCGAAGAGUUAUUGCCAAAAGGCUAACUGAAUCUAAAAGUACUGUACCUCAUGCAUAUGCUACUGCUGAUUGUGACGUUGGAGCUGUUUUAAAAGUUAGACAAAAACUGGUCAAAGAUGACAUUAAAGUGUCAGUAAAUGAUUUUAUCAUCAAGGCAGCAGCUGUUACCCUUAAACAAAUGCCAAGUGUCAAUGUAAGCUGGGAUGGAGAGGGCCCAAAGCAACUGCCUUUUAUUGAUAUUUCAGUGGCUGUGGCAACAGAUAGAGGUUUAAUUACACCAAUCAUAAAAGAUGCUGCAGCCAAGGGCAUACAGGAAAUUGCUGACUCUGUGAAGGUAGGCCUUAAAUACUUGAAAAUGUGUGCUUGGGGAAAGUCUUCUUUGAUUGGCGACAUGCCACCUUCAGAGCUUUUUGUUUUCUCUAGUAUUUCCAACUUGGGGAUGUUUGGCAUCGAUGAGUUUACUGCAGUGAUCAACCCUCCUCAGGCCUGCAUCUUGGCUGUGGGGAGAUUCCGGUCUGUGCUGAAGCUCACUCAGGAUGAAGAGGGGAAUGACAAACUGCAGCAGCAGCAGUUCAUCCGGGUCACCAUGUCAAGUGACGGCCGAGUAGUCGAUGACGAGCUAGCCACCAGGUUUCUUGAAAGUUUUAAAGCAAACCUGGAGAACCCUAUCCGACUUGCCUAGUUCUCCAAGAUAGAACUGUUACCCAGGAACAUGUACUAUACGGAAAAAAUUAGGUAUUCAAGUAUGAGGUGGAUGAAGUGUUUAUUUAUUUAAGGUAAAAGUUUCACAAGAGUUCAGUGUGGGCUUAAUAUUGUAGAAAUAAAUAACAAACUGUAACUAAUAAAAGAAAGAACAUUUAGCUAGAUCCAUUUUUAACCUUGGUGCUGUACAAAGGGGGUGUUAAACUAACUGUAAAUUACACUUGGCUCUUUAGAGCGUACUCAAGAAAUUGUUACAAUUAUGUUUAGUUGUAUUGACAUUGGAUGUGUUCAAAGAAACACCCAUUAAGUUAGCAGUGGAACCUCACUUUGACAAGCACUGCUCUAGAUAUACUUGAACAAUUAAUAUGUACAGACGUUCAUUCUGGACAGUAGUAAGUAAAUACAGAUCACAUUGUAUUAGGGGUUGUGGCAACAUUAUUGAAUUUUUAUGUAUAUAAAGCCAUAUGUUUUAGAGUGCUUUCUACCAGUCUUGUUUUUUACUCCUGUGACACUGUGAACUUAAAAGGAACAUUUAAAAAAUCAAAAAUAAAGAAAGA